GUAACCUCUGUGAUCUGUGGUUCCGUGCCAUUGUAUUUUGUUUAUUCUCUUCAUGUUAAUCUAUGAAUCUGUAAUAAACAGGUCGAAAUCUGUGAAUACUGAGCAAAUUAGCCAACUCAUUGUUCUUUCUGCAAAGCUUGUAAAGAUGGGUAAAAUUUUCCUGGAGCACAUGGGAGGCACCCGCCUGUUUUCUUGCGCUAGAUGUGACACCAAUUUAACAAACAGAUCAGAAUUGAUCAGCACUCGAUUUACUGGAGCCACAGGACGUGCUUUUCUGUUUAAUCGAGUAGUGAAUUUGACCUAUAGCGAAGUCCAAGACAGGGUCAUGCUGACCGGGCGCCACAUGGUUCGAGACGUUUCCUGCAAAUCUUGUGAUUCGAAGCUGGGUUGGAUGUACGAAUUUGCCACUGAGGACAAUCAAAAGUACAAGGAGGGUCGCGUUAUUUUAGAAAGAGCUUUGGUUGCCGAAAGUGAUGGCAUGGAUGAACGUUCGUUCUAUGAACGAAGAAGAAAUAAUUAGUUGCAAUCAAACUGAUUCUUAAUUUAUAAAUGUACUUGUGAUGAGCCUUAAGUUGCUUGGUUGAAGAGUUGAGUUAGUAUACAUACUAAAGACAAGUGUUUACUGAGUAAGCUGUUUUAGUGUUAGGUAGGUAUAGGGAUGUUUUGUAUAUUUUUAAUUUAAUACACUUGUAAAGUAUGCAUCUGAAGUAAACAAUGCCUAUUGAA